ACCCCACCCGGGAGAAGCCCGCAGGCCUGGCUGGCCGGGAGCGGAGGAGUCGGCGCCGGUUACCGUGGCGAGGGAGCGCAGGCGACGGGGGGCACUUUCUUCCCCACCCCCGAAUCCCAGGAAGCGGAAACAGGCAGAAGGGCCUCAAGGUGGGGCGAGGGGGAAGAAUUGGCCAACAACAACAAAAAAAAGUCUUUGUGCUGCUCUUCAUUUUUGUCAAGAGGCAGAUCAUGCGCUUUGCCAUGAAGUCUCGCCGUGGUCCCCACGUGCCAGUUGGUCAACAUGCGCCUAAGGGCAUGAAGGAGGAGAUCGACAUCAGGCUGUCCAGGGUUCAGGACAUCAAGUAUGAGCCCCGGUUGUUGUCGGAAGAUGAUGCCAGGCUUGUGCAGCUGGAGGCGCCAAGGAGCCCAUUUUGCUAUAACUACUUGUACAGGAUGAAGACCUUAGAUGCUAUUAGAGAUUCAGAGAUCCCGUUCACCAGCGAAGGCAGGCAUCCCAAGUCCUUGAUAGGGAAGAACUUCCGUGCCUACCUGUUGGACCUGCGUAACUCCAGCACGCCCUUCAGAGGCAACCGCAAGACUUUGAUUGACACGCUGCUGGACGGAUACGACCGCGCUCGCUAUGGGACGGGGGUUUUUGGCAGGGCGGACUAUCUCAGCUACCAGGAAGCUCUGUGCGAGUUGGCAGCCAUCGUCAAGGCCCGCGGAGGCGGCAGCCAGCGGCAGCACCAGUCGGCAGCCAAGGACCUGACCCUCUCGCCCGACGUCUCGGGCCCCACCACCAUCCAGGUCACCUACCUGCCCUCCAGCCAGAAGAGCAAGCGGGCCAAGCACUUCCUGGAGCUCAAGAGCUUUAAGGACAACUACAACACCCUGGAGAGCACCCUGUGACGGGCACCGGCGCCCCCUGCAGGCCCUUCUCCCUGGCACACACACACACACACACACCCCGAGGCUGCCCGCGUGGACCCAGCGGCGUCUCUGCCUGGGCACCGGCUGGCAGCUGCCGCUUUUCAGCGGACGACUUGAUGUGAAGCACGUUGCUUCUUCGUGGGGGGGUGGGGGGGCGUCCCCCAGUGCCCUCGCCCCCCCACCCCACCCUUUGCGGUUUUGUAAUAUAAGUCAUUCCGUUCGCUCUAAUUUAUUGACGGAGACUCGAAUCGCGGGCAUGCUUCUCCGUCUUCGCCAGCGGCAGAGAAAGGACGUUGCUGGUCGUGCGACUCUGGGUCCCGUCCCUUUCCCCCUUCCAUGGUUGGGGAAAAGCCUCUUGUCUCUCCUGUAUUCCUGCCCCAUCAAGCUGGUUCCUGCUGCAGGCCAACUCCAGGCCUGCUCUUUCGCCCACUGGCUGUCGCUGAGCCUCAAUGGGGGGGUGGAGGCGGGUGGCCCCUGGUCCCGAGCCUCAGCCUUUUCCCUCUUGGAGUGAGAGCCAGGCCUCCGGUCCUUUUUAAACCCCUCUUUAAUAAAAUGGACACUUGGCGAACCUUG